CCCGCACGUGUGGCGAAUUUUCAAGUCAUACAAGUGGACAACUUGGGUGACGUGGAGCCCGUGUGGCCGUUAGACAUGCACACGUGGGUAACCUGGCUCUGAUACCAUAAUAAAGUAAUCUGAAGUUUACAUCUAAAACCAAUUGACAAUGGAUGGAGUGACCCAAACCCUUAUAAAACCAUAUGCAAGGUCCCAUUUUUCCCAUGUGGGAUGUAUAUAUAAUCUCAACAGCUACACCUUGGAACCUGAUGAAGGCAAAAUGAACAACUAUCUGAUCAGAGCUGUGUUCAUGUGUGGAAACUAUGACUGCAAGGAUCAAAAACCAGUAUUUGAACUUUAUCUUGGUGUUAAUCCGUGGAUAACAGUGAAAGAUGCAUAUGUGGUCUAUGAGAUUAUACAUGGUCCCUUGAUAGAUAUUAUACAAGUGUGCCUUGUGAACAAUAAUACUGGAGUACCAUACAUUUCAGCAUCGGAACUUGGGAAUAUGGACAAUAUUAUUUACCAAAUUGGUGCUGGAGCAGCUGGAGCAUCUUUCGCCUUGAUUUCAAGAAUCAGCCUUGGUGGCUCCAAUACGACAAUCGGGAUUGGACUAUCUGCAUAAUUGUUGCAAGAAACCUAUUAAAUGGGAAUAUGCAAGCCGAGAUAGGCGAUUUGGGCUCUGCAAAGUUUUCACAACUGAAAAUGAAGCUCUCAUAUCUACUGAUGCAAAGUGUACUCAUAGU